AUGAGGGGAUUGCCUGGUAGCCAUGCCUCCAGGCACGCAAGUGCAUGGGUCAAGGUGUAUUCGAUUGUCCCUCUGUGCUUUGCGAUUUAUUUGUUGUGCAUGUCGUGUGUGAGCGCGUCACCUACGGGCAUCAUGGAGGCUCGUCAUGGUGGCCACGACGAUGAGACACCUGCAUCUUCCUUCACAUCCACUCAAACAGCCGCAUCUUUGUCGGUUUCGCAGAUUCCUGCUGCGCCUUCGAGCACAGCGCGGCUUUCCUCUACGUCCUUGUCUUCGGUGGCGCCUUCGUCUUCAAUGGCGCCUGUAUCCCUGACGACGCACGACGCAGAGCAUGGCCACAGUCAUGAUCAUGGACAUGAAAGCUCGGGCUUUUCUUAUGACUCUAUUACGCCGGAGCAGUGGCCUGCGUUCUGCUCAGUGCCAACGCUCGCUGAUAAAUGGGCCAACGCUGACAUGAAAGACUGCAUUGCAGCAGAUCAAAUCGAUCACCCUAUCGGUGCCGACGUCGCCGGCUGGGGCCUAUACCCAAGUCCGCGCAUUAAUCACACGAAUCUUCAUGCCCACGCCCACGGCACCGAUCCCAUUAUGGAGAAUCUCAAUGAGACGCGUCUCUUUAUUCGCAAGGGCGCCGUGCCUCUGAGCUAUGUUGAAUGGGACUUUGCCUCCGGCCUAGGCCGCCUCUCUGAGCUGCGCCGCUUUGUGAGUGUCGAUGCGGAGCGUAUUCAGGCCAUGUGGCCCAACCGUUCCGUGAUCGGUGCCUCAGGGGGCUACUGGCGCACUCUGGGUGAUAUUGACUACAACGUCACUUGGAAUGCCUUGCGUGAUGAUAUCAAAUGGCGAACAAGCGAUGGCGUUUCUGAACCCGCUCGCCAAAAAGGCCUGGCUAUAUUUUCCGCUACCCUCUUUAUUGUGGCAUGCUUCAUCCUGCUGCCUGCGGUGCUGUGCCUACAGACUGCUCACUCGACACUUGUUCCUCUUUUCUCGCUACUGUAUCUGGCUAUUCUGACGACUUCGCUCUUCUUCGGUCGGCUGUACUUUGCCCUGACGCCUGAGCUGUACCCACCGAGUGCGCUGCCAGGUCUCGUGAUUGCCUACUUCUUGCUGUCGAUGAUUUGCUUUGGUCUUCCGGCAGCCAAACUCGUCCUACUGAUCGUGCCGCUGGUGCGUGGUCGUCUGCGUUCGUGGAAUGACCUACGCUCCCUCAUGCGCGUGCUUACUCAGGGCUCCUCGCCGGGUCUGUACGAUCGCGAGGAGUCGUUCCCGAUGAGUAUGUCACAUUCGGCCGGAAGCACCGAUGGUGCGCUCACAGACCCGGUUUUGUCGACCGGUCCUGGCACUGCGGAGAGUAGCCAUGGGUUUGGUGUGCUUGAUCAGGAGCGCGAGCCAGGCGCGCCAUUACUCGACUCGCCGGUGUCCGCCGAGGAGGACAAGUCGAUACCAAUACCCAUGCGGCGUCCCUAUGAGCGGUUUGUCCAUCGUUUCCCACGCUUGUCCUUUACGCUGGGCAUGAUUUACACGACCGUUUCACGUGGUCUUGUGCCGCUGGCUUUUGUGAUUGUCUACGUUGCUAUUGCGAUCUACACGGGUUCCUGCCGUCGGGGAUACAAGAAUGUGUGCCUCGCGCACGGUAUCAAGGGCGCCAUCUUCUUUUGGUAUGGUGUACUGACAUUUGCGCGAUACCUCGGUGCAUUUGGUGAGUAUGGCUGGGCAUGGAACAAGCGACCCACCCCUGAAAACUCGACGCAUAGCCGUGCCGCGUUCUGGCGUCGAAACAUGCCGUCUGCCGAGUUUGUCGAGAGCCUGGUCAUCUUUUUGUACGGCAUUUCGAACACGUGGCUUGAGCGGUUGGGUGCCAAGCCGGGCGACCCCUACACGAUCAAGCAGAUCCAGCACAUCUCGAUUGCGGUGAUGUUCUGGUUCAUUGGUCUUAUCGGCAUGGCGCUCGAGUCGAACAAAGUGCGGAACAUUCUCGGCUAUGUGGUUGUCCACACGCAUCCAGCUGCUACGCCUGCUCGUGCGAACGAGGACGAGGUAGAGGCUCAGGCACAGCCGCCAUCGUACGUCCAGAGCUUUAAUCCGUUCCCAUCGUUGGUCAUUGGCGUGACGGGCGUGGCGAUGGCCGCACACCACCAGGACUAUGUGUACGAGGUGCAGAUUCACAUUCUGUGGGGUGAGAUGCUAGCGGCUUUUGCGUUCUUCCGGUGGCUUACCUACUUUUUCAUGUGGCUCCGUCCGCCGGUGAGCACGCUGCCGAGUCGGCCUCCGACGGAGGCGCUUGCGUCGUUUGCGCUGUGCUGCGGUGGUCUCCUGUUCAUGCUUUCGAAUGAGGAGGUGUCGUUCGCUGCUAUGCGGGCCGACUAUGCCGACGUGAUGGCCGUGCUGAAUUUGGCCAUCUCGCUCAUUGCUCUCGUUUUCUGCUGGUCGUUCUGCCUUAUGGUCAUCAAAGCCUGGGCGUUCAAACGCGAUGCACAAUGGCGCGAGCCGGUAGUGUUCCACGCGAAGCCUCUGGACACUGAUGAGCCUUUUGCGAAGGAGCAAGUGUUUGCUGUGUCUGACGACGCUUCCGAUUAA